AUGGCAAAGGCUCCCCAGGAUUUGCAAAUUGCCAUUAUUGGCGCUGGUAUGGGCGGUUUGACCACUGCUCUUGCCUUGGCGAAGCGUGGAUUCAAGAACAUUGAUGUAUAUGAGAAUGCGCACGACCUCGGCUUCGUGGGCGCUGGUAUCCAGCUCGCGCCGAACAUGGCUCGCGUGCUCGAUGGUCUGGGCGUGUGGCGAGGCAUCGAGGCCGAGGCUGUUGACAUUUCCGACACUUCAGUGCGAGAGGGCGCCACCGACAAGGAGCUCGCACACGUCGAGUUGGGAUAUAUCGAGAAGACCUACGGCUACAAGCACAUGGUUGGCCACCGUGCCUCUCUAGCCAGCGGUCUCUACGAGGGAUGUAAGAAAGAGUCCGCUAUCAAGUUCCACUUUGCCAUCAACGCCGAUAAUGUCGAUUUCGGCUCUCGCCCAUCUUUCACAGCCGUGCCCCGCGAUGAGGGCAAGCCUUCCUACCGUGUUGAAUGCGAUAUCAUUCUCGCCGCUGACGGAAUCAAGUCCCUGGCUCGUCAGGAGAUGCUCAAGCGGUUGAAUGUCAAUGUCGGCGUCCAGGAUACCAACCAGGCCGCCUACAGGAUUAUGAUCCAUAAGGACCAGAUCAAGGAUGACCCGGAGCUGCUGGCUCUCAUCAACAGCACGCGCGUCACCCGCUGGAUUGGCUCGAAGCGCCACAUUAUCGCCUACGCCGUCUCCAACAACACCAUCUAUAACAUCUCCACUACCCAGCCCGACACUAACUUUGCCGCCGCGACGAACGCCACAUACACGACCAAGGGCUCUAAGAAGGCCAUGUUGGACGUCUUCGACGAUUUCUGCCCUAUGGUUAAGCGUAUGCUGGACUACGUGCCCGAGGGUGAAGUCUGCGAGUGGAAGCUGCGCGUCCACGAACCCCUGCCCACCUGGAUUUAUGAUACCGUCGCCCUGAUCGGCGAUGCUUGCCACCCUACUCUGCCUCACUUGGCACAGGGUGCCGCCCAAGCGAUUGAAGAUGGCGCUGUCAUCGCCGUCGUCCUCUCCCGUCUCCCCGAUACCACUCCCGAGUCCAUCAACAAGGCCCUCCGCAUCUACGAGAAGGUCCGCAAGGGCCGCGCCGAGGCUCUGGUCGACAUGGCCGCUGCCUCUGGUCGUGCUUUGCACUUGGGCGAUGGCGCCGCUAAGGAGGAGCGUGAUCGCCAGUUCGCUGCUCUGCGUGCGGGCAAGGGUCCCGUUCCGGAUAAAUGGGCUGAUGCUGAUGUUCAGCGUGAGAUUUAUGGUUUCGACUGUACCAAGGUGGCGGAGGAGAACUUUGAGGAGUACUUCAAGCAACUGUAA